AUGGCAGAUGAUAAAGAGGCCGCAGAAAACCAACUCGCUCUUGACCAAGAGAAGUCCCAAGAAGGGGAUAUCAUUGAAACCCAGCGAGAAAGAGGUAAAGAUGUUGCAGCACAGUUUCUUGCAUGUCUCGAUCCGGCCAUUGCUGUGGAACCAGUGACUGAAUCCGAGGCACGUCGUGUGCUAUGGAAAAUCGAUCUUAUUCUCAUUCCUUUGAUCAUGGUUACGGUGGUCUUGGCUGCUAUCGACAAAGUCAUCAUAUCGAACGCGGCUAUCUAUGGCAUGAAAAUAGACACCCAUUUGACUGGCAACGAGUAUUCGUGGGUGGGCUCGAUCUUCUACUUCGGAUACCUAGCCUUUGAGUACCCAGCAGCACUACUCAUUCAACGGCUCCCUGUCGCCAAGCUCUAUGCUGGAAUGGUGCUCGGAUGGGCAAUCCUACUUUUAUGCACUGCGGCAACCCAGAACUUUGCAGGGCUGGCGACAGUUCGCUUCUUGAUGGGCAUGACAGAAGCCGCUGUGUUCCCCAUUUCCAGCAUCCUGACUGUGAUGUGGUGGAAGACGAGCGAACAGCCUAUCAGGGUUGCAUUUUGGUUUAAUCAGCUCUCAUCUGUGUUCUCGGGUGUUGUCAGCUACGGCAUUGGUCAAACCAACACGGCGUUGGCACCCUGGAGAUUGCUAUUCAUCGUGCUGGGUGGAUUUUCUCUCAUCUGGGCUGCCGUGCUAUACGUCUUCUUGCCUAAUUCACCAGUGCAGUGUUGGUAUUUGUCAGAUCGUGAGAAAUUUGUCUGUCUCGAGCGCGUUAAAGAUAACAAUACUGGAAUGGAGGAUAAAACGAUCAAAUGGUAUCAAGUGCGAGAAUGUCUGCUCGACCCUAAGACUUGGCUUUUGGCGCUAUUCUCGCUGACCCAGAAUAUCCCCAAUGGCGGUCUAGUCACCUUUUCCGCCAUCAUUGUGACAGGCAUGGGUUAUUCACGACUGCUGACCACCAUUUUGGGAAUCCCGACCGGUGUGUUAGCAACAGUGUGGCAGCUUUUGCUGGGUUUCAUUGCCGCCAAGGUGCCCAACUCCCGCUGCAAUAUCAUCGCCAUUGCCAACCUCGUCCCGAUGGCUUGUGCUAUCUUGAUGUGGAAGCUGCCAAGUGGUAGUCAGCAAGGCCUGUUGGCAGCAUACUACGUCUUCUACACUUACUGGGCACCGUAUGUGCUGUCAACCUCCCUUCCAAUGGCCAACACCAGUGGCCACAGCAAAAAGUUGACCAUGAACGCCAUAUUCUUCUUGGCGUACUGUAUCGGCAAUAUAAUUGGCCCGCAAGUUUUCCGCUCUGACGAUGCUCCAUCAUAUUCUCGAGGAUACGAGGGUUUGUUGGCUUGUUUGGUUGUGGCCAUAGCCGCCAUCAUCGCUUAUGGGCUUCUUUGCCGAUGGGAAAACAGUCGUCGUGAUAAGGAAGAGCAGCCCAGCGAGGAAUCAUCAUCAGCUGCAGCAUUUUCGGAUCUUACAGACAAAGAGAAGCGAUCUUUCCGCUAUACUUAUUAG